AUGGAGGAUCACCCGAAAAUCCAGAACUCCGGCGAAAAGAAUAAACCCGACGACGACCUGGAUUUCGAAUUCGGAUCUUUGACCCCGUCUUCUCCGUCGCAAGAUCCGUUCUCCGGUAAUUCCCCGGCGGAUCACUUCUUUUUCAACGGCCGUCUCUUGCCACACUCUUUUCCGACAUCAAGAUCGGCCCGUACGAUCUCGCGUACGACAAGCGAGGCCUCAUCAGGGAGCAACAGCUCGAACAGCCGAAGCAGCUGUUGCAGCCCACAUUCUUACACACCAAGGACAAGCAGUUGCAGCAGCACGAACAGCAACAUGGUCAUGAGCCCGAACAAGCACAAGCCACGACAACUAGACCUAAUGCCGGUGACGCGCAGUGGCAAAACCGUAAAUACCACGAACAAGAGCGUUAAUCCGACGAUGACGACGGGGCAGCCAUGCAAGAGGAGGAAUAAGGCGACGGAGUUAGUGACGGCGCAGCUGUGUGGAUCGUACUCACAACGGUGGCAGUAUAUAACGCCGGUGCCUGGUGCGGCGUUCAAGAGGGAAGGGUCGGUGAAGAGAGGGGGAGCCGGUGGGAUUAGGGUCGGCGGCGGUGGCCGGAGACCGGUGACGGUGGUGGCUGCGAGGCGGAGGAAGAAGGGGGAGGAGAGGAGGGGAAGGGGAAGUAGGGUGAUGAGGUGGUGGAGGAGAAUAUUGAGGGCGGUGGUUUUGGCUUGUCGGGAAUGUCAUGCAAUGGAGCCUGCGAGAGUGGUGAAUGAUGACACGGACAUGCAGAGGAAGAAUAAAAAUUUCUGAUUAGGGUUUUUUUUUUGCAAGUGUUUGUUUUCCUUUUGUGUGUGUUUCAUUGGCUUUUUGGAUGGUAAUGUUCCAUCGGAUUUAAUGCAAAAUUAAGUAA